CAGUCAAUCAAAUCGUGGUUUUCAUUCGCUUUAGUUCUUUUUUUUUUUUCUCAAGGAGAUGUGGUGGUCGUGGCAGUGUGAAUGGAUGAAUAGUAUGUGGUAUUGGUGGUGUUGAGGGAUGGGUUGCAUUGUUUGUAAGAGAGUAGCGGGAGAUGGCCGGGAACGUUCCGGUGUAUCAGAAGAUGGCCGGGAACGUUCCGGUGUAUCAGAAGAUGGUCAAGUCAAGGCUGAAGAACAACCUGCCGAUGCCUCUAACACUGCCACUGUUAACGACUCUAGGAUUAGGAAGGAAGGUGUGCGAAGAGGGAGAGAAAGGAUCCACCGCCACCGGACCGGAGAUUUUGCUCCGCCGCCGCUGCAGCAGCAGCCGGAGCUGCGUAAGCCUAAGUCUAAUCAUAAACCGAAACCAAAGCCGAAUACGAAUCCGGCUCUGAGAAAUGAGCAAGGAUGGCCCUCUUGGCUCUCCGCCGUCGCCGGUGAGGCCAUCAAGGGUUGGACCCCUCGACGCGCCGAUACGUUCGAGAAGCUCGAUAAGAUUGGCCAAGGAACUUAUAGCAAUGUAUAUAAAGCUAGAGAUCUCAUUUCCGGGAAGAUCGUCGCUUUGAAGAAAGUUCGGUUUGAUAAUCUGGAACCAGAGAGCGUCAAAUUCAUGGCCAGAGAGAUUCUCGUUCUGAGAAGGCUUGAGCAUCCCAAUGUCGUUAAGCUGGAAGGUCUGGUUACUUCCAGGAUGUCUUGCAGUCUCUAUUUGGUUUUCGAGUAUAUGGAACAUGAUCUUGCGGGGCUAGCAGCUUGCCCUGGGAUCAAAUUCACGGAGCCACAGGUCAAAUGCUACAUGAAGCAAUUAUUAUCUGGUCUUGAGCAUUGUCACAAUCAAGGUGUCUUGCAUCGUGAUAUCAAGGGUUCAAACCUACUUCUUGACAAUGAAGGAGUUCUUAAAUUAGCUGAUUUUGGACUGGCUGCUUUUUAUGGUCUGGACCAUCGGCAACCAAUGACUAGUAGAGUUGUUACCCUUUGGUACCGGCCCCCUGAGCUUCUUCUAGGGGCAACUUAUUAUGGUGUUGGUGUUGAUCUUUGGAGUGCUGGCUGCAUUUUUGCUGAAUUACUUGCUGGGAAGCCAAUAAUGCCAGGACGGACAGAGGUGGAACAGCUGCAUAAGAUUUUUAAGUUAUGUGGCUCUCCAUCAGAGGAAUAUUGGAAGAAAUCCAAGCUGCCACAUGCAACUAUUUUUAAGCCACAACAACCAUAUCGACGGUGUUUAGCUGAAACUUAUAAUGAUUUUCCACCUUCUGCAUUAUCUCUGAUUGAAACUCUUCUCUCGAUUGAUCCAGAUGAACGAGGCACUGCCACUGUUGCUCUGAAUAGUGAUGUGAGUGGUCCAAUUUCCUUGUUCUUCACCACGGAACCUUAUGCUUGUGAACCAUCAAUCUUACCAAAGUAUCCUCCAACUAAAGAAAUGGAUAUGAAAUUAAGGGAUGAAGCAACCAGAAGGCAAAGGGGACUGAAUGGUAAAGCAAAUGCUGCUGGUGGAGCAAAGAGAGCUCGAGUUCGUGAUCAAGGUGGCCGAGCUGUACCAGCACCAGAAGCAAAUGCUGAGCUUCAAGUGAACUUGGAUAGACGGAGGUUAAUAGUGCAAGCAAAUGCUAAGAGCAAGAGCGAGAAAUUUCCACCUCCUCAUCAAGAUGGAGCUGUUGGGUACCCAUUGGAUACAUCACAUGAUGCAACAGUAUCAUUUGUUGCUCAUGAUACUUCGUUUGCCUCGUCAGUUUUUUACCCAAAGGCCGCAGGUGUACCAUUUUCAGGUCCCCAGAGAAAACCUGACGUUGCUGGAGUACCUUUUGGCAGGAAAACCAAAGUGCCCCAGGUGGCAACAUCUAGGAUGUUUGUCCGAGCAUUCAAGCCAUCAAUAGGGCUCUCUAUGGAUCUUAGGAAUAAGGGUAAAGAACGAGUUUCAGAAGUUUUUGGUACUGGAAAAUAGAGG